GAGAGGAGUAAAUUAUAGAUAUAUUUAUUACAUUUAAUUUAGUGAAACGCGUGUAUUUCUUUGUAUAACGCGGUGUCUUCGCGUCAUGGGAAAGCACUGCCGUAAAAGGAAAGCCUAAGUGCGCUGCAUUCCGGAACUAUUUUAUUCGGUAUGUAAACAGUGAAUAAUCUCUUCAACUAAAACAACUCAGGACAAAAAACAUUCAAUAUGUUAUCCAACGUUUUAGUUUGCGCAUGUCUCGCUGCAACUACAAUAGCAACACCAUUAAACAUGAAAAGAGAAUAUGUGUCCGAUCAUGAAUAUAGUUGGGAGCAUGAUACAAUCGGUGCUAGAGUACGUGAUGCUUUAUUAUCCACACAGCGCGCAAGGUAUGUCUUACUUAUUUUUAUUAUUAUCAUAAUUGACCAUUGUCAGUUGGGAACAAGGCACAGCUGCUGAAGCUUUGUUAGAGUUUAAUCAUGACAGAUUGAGUGUCUUCAACCCAAACUUUCUCAAUGAAAUUAACGGUACAGGUGAACUUCUCAAGUGGGCUGGAGAUAAAGACUUCGACUUCAGUGGCGAAGAUAUUCCUGUACAUACACUUUCAAUUGCUUGGGACUCAGUUGUUAGACAAAAUGAUGAUGGCCGUUUAGGUGUCAGAAUGGGUGGUGAUGUUGAUGGCUCAGCGAGCGAUCCAUCUUCAAUGGGUCCUGCUGUAUACCUAGCGUCAAAGAUCUGGCCAGAAAUUAAUGAAAGAGAAAACCUUGCCAAAGCAGCAGCAAAACAACUCAACUACACAUUGAAUACAGCGCCACGUUCAGAAAGUGGUGCAAUCUCCCACAGAACUGAGAAGAUUGCUUACUGGUCCGAUUCAGUUUAUAUGACGCCACCACUCAUUGCCUACGCUGGUGCUCUCAAUAAUGACAAAGAACUUCUUCGUGAAGCUUACAAACAAAUCAAACUUUACAGAGAAGCGCUCUUAUUGAAAGAAUAUGGUGUCUAUGGUCACAUUCUUGAUGUUAAUGGCACAAAGACAGAAUGGGAAGACGAAGGUGCUUGGUCAACAGGUAACGGAUGGAUUGCAGGUGGUAUUUCAAGAGUUUUGGCAACAAUCAAGCACUCAGAUUGUGAAGGAUUAGAUGAAGAAGUCCAUCACUUGAUUAAAUGGCUCUCUGAGUUGAUUCACAAUGCAUACAAAGUUCAAAAAGAUAGUGGAUUACUUCCAAACUACCUUGACAAGCCAUCAGAGUUCGAAGAAGUUGCAGGUACAGCAGCGAUCACAGCAGCUGCUUACAGAUUAGGUGCAAUUGCUUAUGAAGCCAUUGAAGAUGUGCUCCCCCAAAUGGAGAAGGCAUUCGAUGCUGCACUUGCUCGAGUCACUGUUAUGGGUAACAUUGAACCAACAGUAAAUGCACUCGAUUGGUCAGCCAAGGGUGUUAGUAGCCCAGAAUCUGCUUCAUUUGUCUUGCAAUUACUUGCAGCAAAGGAAGUUUUCUAAAUUUAAUGAAUGAUAGAAGGAACACUACUGAGACUAUAAUAAAGUGUAGAUAAAUAUAUUAUCUCACAUACGAACAAUACUUUUACAUCAUGUACAUUAUAAUGAUCUUGUAGAAAGAAUUUUUUAGAUAUACAUUACUGC